GACCAGAGACGAAGCAAAGAAAAGUCUGCUCUCAGACUUCAGUCUGUGCUGCAGAUCUCAAUUACACAUAGCCUCUGGGUCUCUGCUACUGUUUACUUGUUUGUUGUUUCUGUCUGUCUGUCUGUUUGUUUGUCUGUUUGUUUCUGUCUGUCUGUUCAUUUUCUUGUUUGUUUGUUUGUUUGUUCGUUCAUUCGUUCCUGUCAGUUUCUCUGUGUCUGUUUGUCAGGAUGGCGUCAUUUGGAUGUGUAUCAUUGAUUCUUGUGUUCCUGCUGGAGAUGGGCUCUCUGCGCUCUGACCACACGGAUUCUCUCCAUCAGGUUCUGUCUGAGUUUGGACUUGUUCGUCCAGUCAGGACUGACUCAGAAGGUCGCUUCCUGUCAGUCUCAGUCUCCUCCCACCACCUGCCCCGCCGAAAAAGACACACCCACCAGCCAGGGGGAGAUCCCUCUUUGAUGGGUCAGGGCACCGCAUCCAAGGAGGUGGAGCUUUUCUACAAUGUGACAGUGUUUGGUCAGAAUCUACAUCUGCACCUGCACCUCAGCUCUCGGCUCGUGGCUCCCACUGCCACCAUGGACUGGGAGGAGGGAGGACACAUUCGCUCGGGGCCAAUAGGAGACACCAGCUGCUUUUACACAGGGCAAGUGUCCAACAUGGAGGACACGUCUGUCGCCAUCAGCAACUGUGACGGUCUGGCUGGAAUGAUCCGAACGAGUCAGGACAAGUUUUUCAUUGAGCCACUGGAUCGCCAAUGGGCAGGAGGCGAGCAUGAAGAAAGACAACACAUUGUUUAUCGUUCCUCAGCUGUCAUCAAGAAACCACAGGCUGUCAAUCACAAGGAAGCCAUCAAUCAAACUGCUGACGACUUCCUCCGCGGUCCUCUUUUAGGUUCCCUGGACUUGAACCAGAAUAUGUUUGAGUCAGGAUCUGGCUCAACACGGCGACGCCGCUACAUUGAGGAGGCUGAAACGUUCAAUAUUGAGGUUUUAUUAGCAGUGGAUUAUUCUGUUCUUCUUUUCCAUGGACGAGACCACAUCCAGAAAUACCUUCUGACACUGAUGAACAUAGUGAAUGAGAUCUAUCAGGAUCACUCUCUGGGCGCCAACGUCAACAUUGUCUUGGCCAGAAUUGUAAUGUUGUCUUCUACAAAGUCCCAGGAGCUGAUCUCUGUGUGGAACCCCCAGAAGAGUCUGGAGAAUGUUUGCGGCUGGUCGUAUCUGCAGCAGAGAGAGCAGAGUCAAGCCGAGCAGCACGACCACACCAUCUACCUGACCAGGCAGGAGUUCGGUGCAAAUGGCAUGCAGGGCUAUGCUCCAGUAACAGGAAUGUGCCAGUUACAUCGGAGCUGCGUCCUUGUCUUUGAAGAUGGAUUUUCCUCGGCCUUCGUAGCUGCACAUGAAACAGGACACGUGUUGGGCAUGGAGCAUGAUGGGGAGGCGAACAACUGUGAGGACGACGUGCUACUGGGCAGUAUCAUGUCUCCACGCGUUCAGGCCACCUUCUAUCGGUACCAUUGGUCGCGGUGCAGCUGGAGGGAGCUACACCAGUACCUGCAUACCUACGACUGCCUGCGUGAUGACCCGUUCCAACAAAACUGGCCGGCUCAGCCUCCCCUGCCAGGAUUUUUAUACACAAUGGACCAACAGUGUCACUUCGACUUUGGAUCAGGAUACAAUCUCUGUACUGCUUAUACAACUCAUGAACCCUGUAAACAGCUGUGGUGCAGCCGUUACGACAAUCCCUACUUCUGUAAGACAAAGAAGGGUCCACCACUCGAUGGAACCAAAUGUGGACCUGGGAAGCACUGUUUUAAAGGCUACUGCAUGAGACUGACGCCUGAUCUCCUGAGACAAGAUGGAAGCUGGGGACCAUGGACUUCAUACGGCAGCUGCUCCAGGACUUGUGGAAGAGGCCUCAGAUAUCGGACAAGACUUUGUGACAACCCAGCUCCAGCCAAUGGGGGACGAACCUGCUUUGGAAACAGCUUUGAGUUUCAGCUGUGCAACCAAGAGGAGUGUCCACCACUCACCGAUUUCAGGGAGGAUCAGUGUAAAAUUUGGAAUCCAGUUUUUGAGCAUGAGGGAGUGAAACAUCACUGGCUGCCCUAUGAACACCCUGAACCCGACCAGCGCUGUCGUCUGUACUGUCAGUCCAAAGAGACGAGGGCGGUGGUCUCCAUGAACAGAGUGGUGCAUGAUGGGACACUGUGCUCCUACAGUGACUCCUUCAGUGUCUGCGUCCGAGGAGAGUGUGAGCAUGUAGGUUGUGAUGGACAGAUUGCUUCAGACAAGCAGGAGGAUCGUUGUGGAGUCUGUGGAGGAGAUAAUGUGAACUGUAAGAUCAUCAAAGGGAACUUCACUCGAAGCGCCAAGAAACAAGGUUAUCUGAAGAUCCUGGAAAUCCCCAAAGGAGCCAGACACCUGCUAAUUCAGGAGGCCAAAGGAACUCCUCAUGUCCUGGCACUAAAGAACCAGGACACAGGUCACUUCUUCCUUAAUAAUGGGGACAACCUACCAGAAUCACAGGUCUUGAUAGAGAAGGGCGUGGCUUGGGACUACAGCACGACUGAGGAGCAGGAGUUCAUCCAAACCACCGGACCACUACAGUACAGUGUUCUGCUCAUGGUCCGUCCUCAUGGUGAUUCCAAGAUAACAGUAUCCUAUAAGUACACCAUCCAGGACCGUCUCCGGACCUCACUGGAGUCCAACAUGGUGCAGGAGGAGGCUAUCUUCUACGAGUGGGCUCUAAAGAAGUGGUCGCAUUGCUCCAAACCCUGUGGAGGAGGAAAACAAUACACCAGGUUCGGCUGCAGGAGGAAGGCUGAUGGGAAAAUGGUUCACAGAAUGUUCUGCUCCAGCAUCAAGAAGCCAAGAGCCAUCGCUCGCAACUGCAACACUGGCGCCUGCAGUUUACCCCGCUGGGUGACGGGGGGCUGGGGUGACUGCAGCGCCACCUGUGGCCAGACUGGGUGGCAGCGUCGCUGGGUGAGCUGUCAGCAAGGUUCGAGCAGGGGAGCCCAGCAGCGGCCGGUGAACAUCAAGCUCUGUGGCCAUGAGCGACCCGAAGCCAAACAAGCCUGCAACCGUGUUCCCUGCCCUCCUGCCUGGCGUGCUGGACCGUGGACCCCGUGUUCGGUCUCAUGUGGACCUGGGACUCAGGAGCGUCAGGUUGCAUGCUUAGGUCCUGGAGAUUCACCUGGAAACUGCAGUGAACCUGGACCACGGACAACCAGGGCCUGCCAGUCUCCACCCUGCAGCAGUAGGCGUGACCAGAAGACUAUCAUCCAGUGGCUGUCCAGGACCAACACAAACUUCUCAGCUCCAGACACCUCCAGCAAGCAACGUUGCCGUGGUGAUCGGUCUGUGUUUUGUCGGAUGGAGGCCUUGAGCCGUUACUGCUUCAUUCCUGGUUAUUGGCAGAUGUGUUGCAAGUCCUGCAGCAAAGAAAACUUUAGCUACUCUGACAAGUUGAGCGACUUCAGCAGCACGUUCUCACCAAGCAGGAGCAGCAGUUCCUGGAAUGUGUCCACGGAGUCACUGGCAUCUGUGGCUACAUCGACCCGCUCAGACAGCAACCACAUCAUCAAAGAAAUAGUCAGCUCUUCCCUUCCCAGCUUUACAGUGCCUCCAUCCCCCAGCAGCGGUGGCACACAGGGAUUUGUUUACGUGGAAUAUGAUGACUAUGAGGACUACUCCUCCUAUGAGGAUCUUGUGAUUUCCUCUGAGAAUCAUCAUAUAGUUCAGACUCCAUCUGCCACUGUUCCACUUACCGCUACGACUACAAGACGUCCAAGAGAAAUUGCUCCACCCCAUUUAUUCAAGAAGAAAACUGCCACUCCCACAAAGACUCCAAGUCAUACUCCAUCACCAGUUUGGGCAUUUGCAAUUCCAACUGAUGUCAAGGACAUCAUCACUACCACAGAACCUGUAGGGCAGAGCUCUCAAACCAGAGUCAGUCUGACAGAAAAGCCUCCUCCGCCCACAUCUUCAACCUCCUUCAUCCCACUGCAGAAGGACAACAACUCAGUGGACGAGGUGCUGUACCGAAUUGUAGGAGUGGACUCUGACUCCAUGAGAGGACAGCAGCACUUUGUGCCGCGUAUGCCACCGUUCCGGGAGCGAACACAAAACAAACGCAUCCAAGAACUGUUGAACGAAAAGCGACGGCAGGAUGUUCUGAGGAGAUCCAGCAGGAGCAGAAAGAGCAGGACUGACAGCAGGCAAACCGGCUAAAUAAUGCAACAAUUCAGCUGCAGGUGGUUGAGUUUUGCAUUGCAUGUGCAGCUUUCCCAAUUUCGGUUAACACUACAGGACUUUUGACGAGAAACAGUGCUCACUAAUGAUAUACACAGCUGAUGACUUUCACUUUCAUUAUGAAUGUUUAAAGUCUGUUCAUCAAGGUAUGAAGACCUGACCCCAGCACAAACUAAAACCUUCAGAGCACUGGUUGUGUGGUUUCACAUUCCUGAUGUUUGUACCCAAUAAUCACGAUUGUAAAUAAAGCAGUAAAUAAAGUGUUGAGUCAUCAA